CCGGGCAGUUCACUUAGUCUUCCGUUCCAUUUUUCCCUCUUUGUCUGUCUCCGUCCCUGAACCCCUUUCCGACCUUCUUGACCUAUUUAGAUUUCUCCAAUUCUUAUUUUACUCUUGCUCCUUUUGCCAUUCUUCGUCUUGAUUGUGGUCUACUUACUGUCCUUCUCCCUCGCACAUUUCAAAUCCCCAAGUGUACCUAAAACGCUCAGCACCAUGAUCUUAGAAGUUCUCGCAGCUUUAUCUCUGGCCUACUUGGGCUGGAGCAUGGUGAGCAUGGAGAUCAAUUACCGCAGGGCAUCCUCGAUGGGUAUCCCGCUAGUCCGGCUCCCCAUUGACCCCAAUAACCUGGUCUGGAUGGUUUUGGAGUCCCAGCUGUGGCCCAUCCUUGAUCGCCUUCCGAUAGAUUUGGGAUCUCUUAGCCGCUACGGACGCAGAGGGUGGCACUUCGCUGAUAAGGCAAACUCACAUCUCCAAUAUGGCUCCAUCUGGGCGCUUGUAACCCCCGUGGACAUUUACGUGCACGUUGCGGAUGCAAACACGGUUCACGAUAUCUUUGAUCGACGAUCCGACUUCCUACGUCCGUCCAAGAUGUACAAGCUCCUGGAAGUGUACGGCCCGUGCAUCUCAACAGCCAGCUGGAAAGACUGGCCACGCCACCGGAAGGUCCUCGCAACGCCAUUUAACGAAAGUAUCAUGACCUUUGUGUGGGACGAGAGCGUGAAGCAGACGCGCCAGAUGCUGAGCACUUGGACCGAUGCGUCGAGUCCGGCCAUUGAGAGUGUCGCCAGGGAUACGCGGACACUCUCGCUCAACGUACUGGCGGCGACUGGCUUCAGACGAUCAUACGAGUUUAUGGGCGCGAAUAAAAACCCCGUCAGCUCCACGACGACAACUAGACAAGCGGAAAUGGCGACAAAAACCCCAUCAAGUUAUCGAGAUGCUCUUCAAACCGUCCUCGACAACUGCAUCAUGCUCAUGAUCAUGCCACAACGCGUCCUCUCGCUACCAUUUGCACCGGCAUCAUGGCGCCGUGUGGCAAAGGCUGCCUCCUCUUUUAAAGUACACAUGGCCCGCAUGCUCGACGAGGAGAUCGAUGCUUUGAAAGCUGGAAAGUCGGGCUCUGGGGGCAUCAUGACAUCAUUCGUUCGGGCCAUGGACCUGAAACAACACGAGGACGCGAAAGGCGGUAGUGUCAAGGGACUAAGUCUCGAUGAGAUUUUCGGAAACAUCUUCGUCAUUAACUUUGCUGGCCACGACACGACGGCAAAUACCCUGGCAUUUGCGACGCUGCUCCUAGCUGCUCACCCCGACGUGCAGGAGUGGGUGGCCGAGGAGCUGGCGGAAGUUAUGGCUGGUGCCGACACAGAAGGGGGGUACGACGCACUCUUCUCAAAGCUCAAACGGAGCAAGGCCAUUAUGUUGGAAACUCUCCGUCUUUAUCCCCCAAUCAUGGCUCUGCCCAAAUGGACAAACGACCAGCCCCAGAGCUUGCAGGUCGGAGAGCAAACAAUUGUCAUUCCACCCAAUACAGGCGUUAUGCCUGGUGUCCUGGCGCUGCACACUCACCCGGCGUACUGGGAGGACCCCCUUGCUUGGAAGCCACGGCGGUGGAUCUCUACAAACAAUGAUGAAAGCGACGCACUUUCUCCUGGAGAUGAAGUCCUGCUUACACCUCCUAAAUGCACGUAUAUUCCGUGGUCUGAUGGUCCCCAGAAUUGCCCGGGCACCCGGUUCUCGCAGGUGGAAUUUGUCGCGGUAAUGGCAAGUCUGCUACGGCACCAUCGGAUUGAAAUCGUGGGAGCUGCAGGCGAGUCUCUCGAAGAUGCGAGGAGGCGGGUUCUUGACACGGUAAACGACGUGGAUCAGGAGAUGCUCUUGCGGAUGAAGGAUGCCGAUCGCGUUCGGCUUGUGUGCAGGCGGGCGUGAUCAAAAUUUCAGGGAUCCAGAUAACGGUCUUGAAAUAAGAUAUUAAUAUAAUAAGCUAGAGUGUGAG